AUGCGCAUUUUGCAUGCCGACGGCGCGCUUGAAGACCUCGAAACACGCUUGGCAUUGGAGGCAACGCCGGCAUCACGGAGCAAAAGCGGCCUGCCGAGACAUAUCCUCACAGUGCACAUCAUCGUUCAGCCGUUCAGGAGAGCACACGGCCGACAAGUCGUGGUCAUAUCACAGAAAAUCUUCCUGCCGACGAGAAGGAGUGUCCGGAGAAUGCGAACAGCAGGCCAUACGCUUUCUGACCUCCACUGGAAGCCAUAUGGUCUAUAUCUUGUGCACCUGGUAAGUUAUUACGGCCGGACCAUGAGCACCGGUACGCCUCCAGCAGACAUUGUCGUUGAUGCGCACUCACAGCCUGCCCGACCCGCGAAGACACAUGCUUUACGCGUACGUGGAACGCCGAGCACGAGAAUUGCACAGCGAUUCGUCUACAUCCUGCCGGGUGGUCGCGCCAAAUUGUUUGCUCCUCGCGACGCUUGUGACGAUGCGCUCUGUUUUUCUCCCGAGCUGCUCACUGGACUAGCAGUCACAAUGACGUCAGCGUUCAGUCCCGACUCCGCAGCGUUUCCGAUCGCCACUUUAAAAGCUCCGCAAUGGUCUGCCUUCAUUCUGACACCACACUCUAACCCGAUGUUUGGGCGCCUUGCCACGCAGCUUCUUGCUCUGACGGCAUACCAGCAUAAAAGGCGAACACACAACACGCCCGCCACUAUGAAUCCCUUUAUGCAAGACUCAAUCAUGUCUAGCACGGGCAUGCCCACUUUGGGGAGGAGAGCAAAAGGCUUCGAAACAGGAGCAUCGCCAUUUGGACCAGGGGGAGCAGUCCCGGUACAUCAAAUGAACUUCCUCAUGGGCGGCAUGGGUCGACAUGGAAUGUACAACACACCCUUCGGUGCCGGGGCCUACCCUCAUCCUCGAGCCCCAUUCCCACUUGGCUACACCGCCGCACCCAUGAUGCCAAUGUCCAUGGGUCCGUACAUGAUGGGAGAUGGAGGAAUGGACAGCUUCAUGCCCUCGCCCUUCGGCAGCUCAAUGCGUGGUGCAGGCAUGAACAGCUAUCCUCCAUUCCCGAUGUCCGGGAUGGGAGGUUUUGGCGGCGCACCAACUUUACUUGACGAACUGGAUGACUCGGACGACAGUGGCGUAUGGGAUGGAGACGACGAUGUGGAAACCUUUUCUGGGCCUUUUGACAUCUUUUACCGAGCUAACAGGAGGGCGAAAAGAAGACAUAAAGGUGAGUCUCAUCCCCUCGACUAUUGUACACCGACUACUCCCUUGCUGAGUGUCUUUUCCUCUCUCCCAUCAGGCUGCUUCCUGAACUUCCAUUGCGGUCUUGGCUGGAGACGUCGUGAUGAUAGCUGGAGACCGACGCUGCGGCAUGUUCGACAUGUCCAUCAUGAUGCCACCAACGAUGGGAAUGCACGGAAUGGGGAUGGGAAUGCACGGAAUGGGAAUGGGUAUGGGUAUGGGCAUGCCUCCUAUAGGAUGCAUGUGAGCACACUCAUGGGAAUUCCGGGCGCUUUGAUUUCGCUGUAUAUUUUCCUCCUAAAGCAGCAUCGACGCUCGUCGUCAUCAUUAUCUUCCGCAUAUGAGCAUGACUGUCGGCAAACCAUUGCGUCUCUCGGCUCGGGGCAGAAGUACUGGCAUUUGCGAGCCAGGUUUGUAAAUGUAUGA